GACGCGCAGAGGGAGGCGCCGCUUUCUGUCAGUUCUCGGGGUUACAGCUGCCGCUCCGGCACCGCACCGUGAGGGAAAAAUAACAGCGCCGGUGGGUUGCUGAGUGGUCGCCAUCGCCGUGGUGUUUACGAGAGCUUCCUGAGGAGUCUCCUUCUCUAAUUACUGAAUUUAAAAAUGGAUGAACUGCAAGACGUCCAGCUGACAGAGAUAAAACCUCUCCUCACUGACAAGACUACUGGCCGUAGCUUUGAGGAUUUUGAUGGACAGGAACAUGAUAUUGAAACUGCUUAUGGUGUGUUACAUGUCACCAUGAGGGGCAACCCUAAAGGCAAUAGACCCGUGAUCCUCACAUACCAUGACAUUGGCCUGAACCACAAGUCCUGCUUCAGCACAUUCUUCAACUAUGAAGACAUGCAUGAGAUCACCCAGCAUUUUGCUGUUUGUCAUGUGGAUGCCCCAGGGCAGCAGGUGGGAGCACCACCAUUUCCCACUGGGUACCAGUACCCUACAAUGGAUGAGCUGGCGGAGAUGUUGUCUGCAGUCUUAAUCCACCUAAGCCUGAAAACUGUAAUCGGAAUUGGAGUUGGAGCUGGUGCCUAUGUCUUGUCAAAGUUUGCCCUGGAUCACCCAGACCUAGUGGAAGGUCUUAUUCUAAUAAACAUUGACCCCUGCGCAAAAGGAUGGAUUGAUUGGGCAGCCACCAAGCUCUCUGGCUGGACGACAAACAUAGUGGACACUGUGCUGGCUCACCUCUUUGGCUAUGAAGAAUAUCAGUCAAAUUUGGACCUGGUUCAGACCUAUAGAUUACACAUCGCUCAAGAUAUCAAUCAAGAUAAUCUUCAGCUCUUUGUGAAUUCGUAUAACAGCCGCAAAGAUCUGGAAAUAGAAAGACCACUACUUGCUUCCAAUAAUUCUGAAGGCACGCUCAGGUGCCCUGCCUUGUUGGUGGUUGGAGAUAGCUCUCCUGCAGUCGAUGCUGUAGUUGAAUGCAACUCCAGAUUAGAUCCAACAAGAACAACACUACUGAAGAUGGCAGACUGUGGAGGGUUGCCCCAAGCUGUGCAGCCUGGAAAGCUGGCAGAGGCGCUGAAAUAUUUUGUUCAAGGAAUGGGAUACAUUCCGCACGUUCAGCUCAGUCACUUGAGCAGUGAAUCAGUGCCGACGUCCGGUAUGACCAGGCUUGUACGGUCUCGCACCCACUCUGCCUCAAGCAGUGGCUCAACUGAGGUGCCCCGAAGCCGCUCCCAGACCAGCAACGCCACGGUAGACGCCACGCCAGGCUCUGCAAUGACAAACGAUCACAAAGAGGCUUCUCAGACAAUAGAGUUAUCUUGCUAGAUCUGGUCAUCCACCUGUCUGCUGUACUAUGGACCCAUGCAGACCUACAACCUGAGCGGCUCCGGAAAUAUCCUUCCUAUUCCUUCCCAUGAAACCGUGCAUGAACAGUUCUGUACCUUAUCAGAUUAGUCUUUCUUUCCAGUAAAACUAACCGCAGUGAUCCCAUCCCUUGUAUCAUUCCUGGAGUUUUGUUGUGGUUGGACUGUUCUGUGACGCACACUGAAUCUCACGUGUUGGUUUUAUAGCCAACAUGGGUUCACGUGUUUUUUUUUUUCAUCUCUACACCUGAUGUUAACACACCUGAUGUUUUUUUGUUUUUGUUUUUUUUAACAAGGAGAAAAAAAAUGUAUUGGUGUGGUUCUUUCUAGAUUGCCUGUGGUGUAAUGACCGCUAAUGCACUGUAGAACUUUCUUCAUACUGCUCUAUGGUUUUAGGAACAGACACUGCCAAUAUAUCUAAGCUAAUCUGAGCCUUCACAAGAGACAAAGGGAUCGUCUAAUGCUUUUAACCUCAAACAUAGAACAAAGCGGAAGCAUUCUGCAAAACGACACAGCUUCUUGCCGUUUUCACCAUUUUCUCAUUGUUCAAGCUGCCGUUCUGCUUUUGUAUUAUAUAUGUUUGCCUUUGUCAUUUCAGUGAAUAAAUAUACAAUAAUU